AUGCCUGGCCAGUCAUUGGACGAGGGCGUUGAGCGAAUUGUGGCGGGAGUGAAACUGGCGUCGACAAAGUCCAAGCAAUUCGACGGAGCUAGCCAGAAGCCCUGUAGCCGAUACGGGCCUUGCAACUGGAAGCGAAUGGGAUGCGCUCGCGGACACCGCGCGACUGAAGUUGGAGUGGCGACUGGCGACUCGGCGACGCCUGGACCAGGGUUGGCUUCCUCUGCUGUCCAGUCGCAGAGAGCGCUAGCUCACUGGUCGAAGUCGCCAGCCGUGCAACAAGCGCCAGUACUUCCUUCUUUGACUGUUUCUGGCCAAUCCUCCGUGCUGACCAGUGGCGGACUGAUGCUAGCACUGAAGGAGGGAACCACUGCGACCACAGGCCUGCGGUUGAUUAAUAUGGUGGUGCAUGCUAGCUCGACGGCGCUGCUCGCUAGGGCGGUCUCGAAACUCUCGAUCAACUAG